AUGCACGCCGUUUCGAUCGUUGCUCUUUUCGCCGUGUUGGGGAGCAGUACCGCGCUUUUUGGCAUUGGCUCCAAGCAGAGCGUGGCUGUUCGGGGAAGAUUAACAUGCCAAGGACAACCCGCCAGCAAUGUCUACGUGAAAAUGUACGAUGAUGAUGUCUUAUGGGAUUCUAAGAUGGGUGAGACGCACAGCGACACCAACGGAUUUUUCCAAAUGACCGGAACUGGACGUGAAAUUAGUGAUAUCGACCCGAAAGUCAACUUCUACCAUGAUUGCCAGAAUGGAGAUUUCCGAUGUCCCCGCAAAUUCUCGGUGAAAAUCCCAGACCAAUUCAUCAGCAAGGGAUCCACAGCUACCAACAUCUACGAUUUUGGCCAGUUGGAGCUGUCAGGAAAAAUGCCCGGAGAAUCGCACGACUGUAUUCACCGACGACGA